GACGCGUGAAACUCGUAGUCGUCUGCAGGUUUCAGCAGACGCAUAAGGGCACUUAGUAGUCUACAGGUUUCAGCUCGAGUAUGGAUUAAUAGGCAUGCUAUUGAAACUUGAUUGUUAAGACUACAUGACUGAAUAGGUACAGUGUUUAUCUGGAUUCAUUGCUACAUCCAACUAUAACUCACGGCGUUGGUGGAAUCUGAGAUAGAAUGUGACACCGUAUCUGCACGUUGCGUUCUCCUAAUUAUACUGUUUCUAGGUUUUUAUACCUGAAUAUCAUUACAGUUUAGCGGUCUUGUUGACAUUGCAGCAAAAAAAAAUACUUCGUUAAAAUUCACAACAGCGAACCGGAACAACCACCACCGCCACUGAACAAGGCAUUGUAACACGGCGUUCCGGGCACCUUUUACAUAAUAGCAAAUUAGGGCCAUACUUGAUUUUUGCGGAGAAGACUGAAAUUUAAUCUCACUUUAUUUUGGGGUUUCAUAUGUACUGGGAUUGCUGAGUAUUUGGGCUGGGUUAGUCACAGGCAGCGUUGUAAUUGCGCAUUGACAAUUGUUAAAAGGGGUACCCUCGGCGAGUCUUGGAAUCUCACAAUCAAAGGUCUUCUUGGUGGGUCUUGCGGUAAUGUGCACGCGAUCAUUGGAUGUAGAUCCACGCCUGCGUCCGCUGCAGGAUGUGAAGACCAUAUUCCAAAACUUCUAUAUCAUAAACUACCUCGAGAAACCCGAGGAUUGCUAUAUAUACCAACAUUUAAACGACAGUGAAGUGGAGGGCAAAAGCUUUGCAUCAGAACUGCCCAAAUUCUGUUUUCCGUAUGGCAAAGGAGGGAAAGGGGGUACUUACAGCACUCCCGUGAUAGAUGACUCUGGCACGUUUACAUUGGCGCUCACAGACGAUAAAGGUCAGCGUCAGUUUGGCUAUUGUAGGUAUGUCAAGGAACCAGGCACAUCUAUCACACUAUGUUUCUGUGUGCUUAGUUAUCUGCCCCAGGUCGAGUUCUUUGAUCAGGUGUUGGAUGUGCUGCUAGACAUGUGGGAUGACAGUCUGGACAUGGUUCAGAUAUUUAUGACCGAACUACUGGCGCAGAAAGUACCCGAGAGCGGGGGUAGUGUUCGGUGUACGCCGAGGGGACAGACGUGCCGCUUACUGUUUCCCAAUACACGCCUGCUACCGUCUAUGCCUCACAACCUAAACCUCACCACCUUCUUCAAUAAGGUGAAGAUAGACAUGAUGCUGUCUCUAUUUACCUCACUUCUACUAGAGAGGCGCAUCAUUCUUACAUCUGACCGGCUAUCGGUACUCACGGCUUCCGCAAAUGCGCUCAACACCCUGCUGUAUCCAUUGUCAUGGCAACAUAUUUUCAUCCCCGUGCUCCCAGAGCAGUUGCUAGACUAUGUCACCGCGCCAAUGCCUUUUCUUGUGGGUGUGCACAAGUCUCUGAUGCCUAGAGUGUUGAAAUUAGACCUCGAAGAAGUGGUGUUUUGUGACUUAGACGAACAAAUAGUAAGAACCUGGACCAAUGAUGUGGCGCUGCUACCCCCUGAGCUCGUUGCUGUACUGGAGGCGAACAUCAAGAAACCCCAGACAUCGAUGGACGACAAUUUUGCACGCAUUUUCCUGGAUUUAUUCCUCUACCUGUUUGGAAGCUACCGAGACUUCAUCACCAUAAGUAAAAGCGCAGCUGCAGCGCACGCAGCCUCUAGCGCGGUGGCGGGCGGGGACGGUGGAAGCUCUCCUGUUCCCAACAAUGCGCGCAUCACAUCAUCACCGGUAGCCUCUGGAUCACCCAAUACACGGCCGGUUCUAGAAAUGAACCGCGAGGCGUUCUUGGCCUCUAAACCCGAGGGCUUGCAACCGUUUCUCACACAGUUGUUAGAUCUGCAGAUGUUCCAUCAGUUUAUCGACGGGCGUGUGGAGCUGAUGUGUGUACCCUCGAAGGGAUCUACCCGACGUAUGACCCGGUUUGUCAAAGAUUCGAUAUCGGGGAAGCUGAUUCUCCCGCGCUGGUGGGUGUACGACUGUCUGUUUGAGUAUGAAUUUGACGAGUGUGGCAAUCGUGGCACAGAUCUCAACGCCGAGCGGAUGGCGGUGUAUAAGAGCAAGAUGAUGGUGACGAUGCGCAAAAGCAAAGCGCGCCUGGGCCCUUCAUUCAGUGCCUUUUCGUCCAAUGUCAAGACUUCCGUGAACAAUGCUCGUAGGCGAAUAGAGGAGUCACAGAUUAGCAGUGAGAAUACCAGUCCUUUGACCCAGCGAGACUCUCGCGGAAGCACAGACAGCCGAAACGGUGCGUUCCGUCUGAUGAGUAGGCCUUCUACUGAGGGCUCGUUACCACCUCCACGUCCACUAACUGAGGCACCCCCAUCCCGGCACUCGCCUAACAUUGACGCGAAGUUUGCGCGCUCGCCCGUGUCUCAGCGCCAUAGUAGUGACAUACAUCAGCCCAUGCGUAACGGUAGUACCAGCAGCCAACGCAGUCGUACCGAGAGUCAAACACGUGUGCCCGGAGAUGCGCUGAUUGAUCUCCUACCAACACACAGAGGUGCCGGACAGACAUCUCAUGCAUCCUCGGAUGCUCGCACGCAGAUGCCGACAAUUGAUCUGCUGGGGUUGGAUAAAAGCAAUGUGCAACCGCAGCACACCGAAGCUGUGAAAGACAUCUUUGGCGCAGCCUCGGGACCGGGGGCUUUCGAUCCCUUCAGUGCAUGGACAGGCGCAAGCGACUCGGCACCUAGUAAUGUCACUUCACAUAGCAACCAAAGUAACGUGCUAGAUAGCUCUGCAUAUACCAGUAGCGGACCGAAUAACGGUAUGCUGCAGAGCGACGUGGAUCUCUUGGGCCUGGGUGAGGCCGGAUCGCAAGUUACAGGCAUUAACCGACCCGUACUACCCCCGAGAACGAGUGGAUACCAACGGCCAAGUAGUGCUAGUAGUAGCGCCACUCCAAGUCGUAGCAAUAGCGGAACGCACUAUCCAAGACCUGUGCAGCCUGCUAACGCAUCUUCGCAGCACACAUACCCUUACGGACAGGGCCAUAGCCAUGGUCAUGGAUUGACCAGUGGGAAUGAAAUGACCGUUCAGAGAACACGAUCUGGCGGACCUUCCGACGGCGCGUUACUGCACUCUGUGAAAGGUUUGCAAAUCGGGAGUGAGAAGAACUUGCACCGCGAUUCGAGUAGUAGAGGACCUCCGCCAUUGCCACCACCCAGCCUCCCCGCGCACGCACAUGCUUCGGUCGUCCCACAUAUCCCGCCUAAACCGCCAACGGCGAGACAACAGCGACGACCGUCGAAGGGAGCCAAUAACGAGUUCGAUCCUUUCCAAUGAUAAGCCCAUGAAUAUGUGUUUAUGGGGAUGAGAAGGGAGGUGCUGAAGGUGUGUGUAUGUGCGGGCCUAUCGGAAAUGUGUUGAGAGUCAAAAUGAUCAGAUGAGCGGUUUGGUGUGUAUCAGUUAGCAAUUGUGGCAAGGAAUUUGUGGAAUUUACUCCAGAUUGAGUGGCUGAGUUGAUGUGGUUUGUACGAUAAAUAUACAGAGCAACGGCAGCUGGUAGGAAUUAUGCGCAUCAGACUACGACCGGUAUUGACCUUGUUGCCCCAGUGGGCAACGAAUUUUGAUGUAUUGUAUGGGAAUUGAGUGCGUGGAGCUGCACUUUGGCGCGCUAUGUGCAUUCAUACGGAAUGUAUUAUACAGCCGCUGAAUUAAAUGUCGAUUCUAGUGA